AAAACAUUCCAAAGCUAUACAAACAAAAGUGCAAGCUUAUCAACACAAAAAAUUAAUUCUUCAAAAAGAAAGAAUUAAAAGAGGGAAAGUUGGAAGAACUAGGGCUUGCUUUUUGUAGGGAUUUGGAGGGUGUGUGAGACUGCAAAACUGACCAAUAAGCCCCUUGCCUAAAACCUCCCUCACAAAAUGGGCGGUGAUGCCACGCAUUCACUACUCAGACCGCACUCCAACAGAACCCCAUCGUCUUCCCACCACCACCUCCGUGACGGCGACCGCCGCGCCGGAGUCCAUCCCGGUCCCUUCCCCGUACGCGCCUCAGUUGAAGUUCGAACCCGCGAGGCAGGCCUCAAGGACACCUUUUUCUCCGCUACCGUGACAUCAUCAGGCGGUAGAAAUUCGGGGAAAAUCCAAGUGGAGUACAGGAAUUUGUUGGCUGGCAGAGGUAGAUCGAAGCUGCUGAGGGAGUACGUCGACGUCUCAUGCGUGAGGCCGCCACCGCCAUUGGAGGAGGCCGUCGGGGGAUUCGGGCCGGGCGACGCCGUCGACGCUCUGUACCAGGACGGCUGGUGGAUUGGUAUCGUGACUCGAGUGGUGGAGGAAGGCGCGGAGAACAGGUACGUCGUGACGUUUCCAAACCCGCCUGACGAACGGGAGUUCGGCUUGUCUGAACUUAGGGUUCACUGGGAUUGGGUUAAUGGGAGUUGGGUCCGACCCGACAGGCAGCUUUUGGAGCUCGAUUCUGUAAAUUCCCACUUUGUAAAUGAUGGCAUUAGCUCGCUUAGCACUCUGCAGAUAUGCCCAGUCUAUGGUCGUGGGAUCAGAAUCAGAUAUAACUUUCCUGUUACAUGGUUGAUGUUUGACUUGAAAAAAGAGGUCGAAGUGUCGUUUGACCGAGAAGAUGGUCAGGAUGCUUGGUUCCGAGCAACAAUUCACCAACAUUUGGGUAAUGGAAUGUAUCUGGUAAACGUUGAAAAUCAAGAUCCCAAGGCUCAAUCUCAUCAAAUAAAAGUCGAUUCCCUCCAUCUUAGGCCGCGACCUCCGCUCCUCAAGGAUAAGAAUUUUGUUUUAUUGGGAAAAGUUGAUGCAUACUUUGAUUGUGGUUGGUGGAGUGGACUUAUUCGGAGAGAGCUUGAGAAUAGUAGAUAUCUUGUCACCUUUAAACAAUUGAAUAUGGAAAGGGAUUUCCAUCUUUCAGAAUUAAGAUCUCAUAUGGAGUGGAAGGAUGGCAAAUGGUUCACUUCUCCCCAGGAUGUCAUGAUCCAGACUUUAGAUGGUGGAAUGGAUGAACACCACACAUCUGAAAGUUCCAAUGCGUCUGUGCUAACUUUUCAAGUGAACAAUUUUGGUGAUAGAGAAAACACAUUACGUAAAAAGGUUUCCUCUAUGUUGACAUCGGGAAUUGAUCAAGUGGAGCAAUUAACACCAGAUUUCCAGAAAGGACCUCAUGUAACACCUCUGACAAAAAGAAGAAGGCGUUCAUCUGAUUCGCAAAAUGCUUUCUCUCAAUGCCAGAAGAAGCUCAAAGAAGGACUUGUACCUGUAGAGAAACAACAGGAGAAACAUGAUAGGAUGUCUGAAAAAUUGUUGAGCAAUUCUGUUAGCCCAGCAUUGGUGAAUAAUGUAGAAACCCCUACAAAACAAAGUGUCACAGGGGAUCUCUCAUCGGAUAGUCCUUCCUGGGGAAUGAGAACUCGGAGAGGGCAAAUUGUUGCGCACCAGAUGAAUUCCACACCACCACGUGAUAUGAAAAAUAGCACUGCACAGACCAGUGAGGUUGAAAAUAUGCAGCCUGGUGUCGGGGGAAAGAAGCCAGAUGUAGUGGAUAAGACUGCAAAUCAUCAAAAUGAGCUUGUUAUUGUUAUAGGUUUGCCAUGUGUGGAAAUGGUAAUCUCUGGCCUUGGAAAGUCGCGGGGUGGGAGGAGCUGCAGUGCUAACAGCAAGGGAACUAUGAAUAACAAAGAGAAACGAAAUUUAUGUGAUUCCACUAAGAAAAUUGAGGAAAUCAAACCACUAGAACUUGGAGAGUUCAGUGAGAAAAGAAAGAGGGGGAGGAGGCCACGAAGGACCCCGACUGAAAGUAUUCAGACUCCCUUGGCAGAUGAUUCAAAUGCAAAAGAUGAUAAUAGUAAUAGAAUUACUGAAGUAGAGGCGAUUGGUACGGACAGCUCAGAGAAGAUGACUCUUGAUGGGGGCACUAGUCCGAUGAAUCCCAAAGAUAGAAGAGGAAUAAUUGCAAAAAGAACCUCUCCUCGGAAGCGUGAGGAGAAGGUUGCUAAAGAGUCUAUGCAGCCGGAGAGAAACGUGUCGAAAAGAGGAAGAAGACGGAGUAUGAUUUCACUGCAAGUUGAAGAUUCCCUUAAUGCAUCCAGAGGGAAAUCAGCCGAAGUUAACUCAACACUAAAAGAAAAUAAUGCCGAUUCUGAAGCACCCAGCAUCGAGCUUGACGACCAACCACUUUCAAUGUGGAUUGGAGGGAGGAGGAUACAAUCUCCAUCUGCAGUCAAUAGAUCAAAGCUUUCUGCUGUGAUUGCUGUCGAGCAAUCCAUAGAAAAUGGAGAAAAAGAGGGAGAAGAAGUUGCAGCAGUGAUGAUCGAGGAGGCGGAGCCCACAGGAGAAGACACCCAAAUCCAAAUUUCAACCGAGCACCAAAAGCUUCCUUUCGCAAAGACCAGUUUGCUCUGGAAAACGAUCGAGUCACUCGACGCCUUUCGUAUUCUACCGCAAAGCCCACAUUUCCAGCCUUUGCAAAACGUCAAGGAGAGCAUGCGAGAGGGCCUGGCCAUAGCUCACAUGGUAAACUUCUCCAGCGUGUUUGAAACCACUUGCAAGCUGCUGUUCGACAGUGCCAAAAGCUCCAUGGACGAUAUCUUGGAGAUACUUGCUGAGCUGGAGCUGCAUGGUUUUGAUGUCGUGACUCUGCGUGCUCGCGUGGCUCAACUUAUCUCUGUUAAGGAUAAAGAGGCGAAGCUUGCAGGCAAGGUGGGGGAGCUCAACCGUGAGAUGUUGGGCCACCAGGUUGAGAAAACCGAGAUAGAGAAAGAGAUUGAGAAGCUGAAAGAGCAAGUACGAAAGCUGCAGGGGAAGCUCUCCAAGGUGGAGUUGGCUAAAGAGAGGAAGGAGAAGGAGAUCGCAUCUGUUGGGGCUCGACUGCAGGAAACUAAGCAGAGUAUUGAGAAUCUGAGGGUUGAGUUUGACGGUAUAGCUGCUGCUGCUAUGUUGAUUUAGGAGUGAAAUGUUUGUGUGUGUGUGUGUUUGUAGCAAAACUUGUGGGUUUUUCCUUGCAACUAUCUGAGUUUGUUUGUGAACUGACUGAUGCUGUUUACAGUGUUUGUUUCUCUUGACUUAGGUUGAAAUGGAUGAUUUGUUGUAUGUGAAGGACAGUUUUUAAUUUAAACUAGUUUUUAACCCGUGCAUUUGCACGGAAAACAAUAUAAUAGAACAAAAAAUAAUAAUAAUAUAUAAAC